AUGGAAGCAAAGCAACAUAAGCAGGGAGAUAUGUUUCAAGACGGCCCGAACACACAUAACGUCGACCCCGCAUUAGAGGGCUUUCCAACGCUGGCACGCUGGUAUAUCGACGUUCGAGAAUGGGAGGCCAAUGGCCUAGAUCUCCCUCUGUUAGAGUCAUUACGACCAGCCGAGCAGCAAGCCGUGAAGCGAUAUCACUUCGCCGCAGACCGGCGCAUGUCAUUAGCAUCUAAUCUGCUAAAAUACUUCUACGUACAUCACGCAUGCGGCGUACCAUGGAAAGACAUAACCAUCAGCCGAACAGAGAUGCCGCAAAACCGACCAUACUACGCAUCCAAAACAUCCACCAAAGUCGAGUUCAACGUCAGCCACCAAGCGUCGCUGAUAAUACUAGCCGGAACGAUCGCGCCGUCAAAAGAACUCCUCCAAAAACAGUCCACCAAAACUACUACUAUUAGUAGUACUAGUACUACUCCCAUUCCACACAAGGGCGAGGAUUUUCCCCAACUGGGCAUCGACAUAACAUGCAUCAACGAGCGCCGCAGCAAAAACCCAACCACACUCCACGAAUUCACCGAAUUCGUCUCAAUAUUCAGCGAAGUCUUCUCACCAACUGAACUAUCAACAAUGACGAGUCCCAAACAAGUUCUCCGCCAAGCCAGAAGCCUAGGCUACGCAAACAGGGUCGUCCCUGAUCGAAUUAAUCCCGACGGCUCGGAAUUCCACAGCACCGAGUCGAUAAUCUCCUUCGGUCUCAGACUCUUCUACUCAUACUGGGCAUUGAAAGAAGCAUACCUCAAAAUGACCGGCGAAGCCCUCCUCGCCCCGUGGGUCAAAACGCUGGAAUUCAAAAAUGUCUUCCCGCCUGAACCUAUCUCUUCCGUCGCAAAUGUAAAUGCGAACGCAAACCUGGAUUUGAACCAGUGGGGUCCGAUAUACCCACACGUCGUGGUGACACGAGACGGCGCUGAACUUGGAAAUGUCCGUCUACAACUUCAAGCCUUUGAAACGGAUUUCAUCAUCGCGACUGCGGCACUUGGUCCGCCGGUUGGUCCUAUCCCGGCCUCUUCGCAGAACGGGGCCUUGCGCCAUUUACGGGGUUUCAAUGGUACUGAUGGAAGUGGAGCUCAGGGCGGACUUGAAGAUAUCGCUCUUUCUAGUAAGAGGGUUGUUGGUGAUUUGGAUCCUUGGUCGGGUGGGUUGAGAGUUAUUACGGACCCUUGGCUUCCUGCGCAGGAGGUUGAUGUUGAGGUGGAUAUGAGAGCUUGUGCGGAGGGACGUUGUGUGCAUGGUUCUGGUUCUGUUAGCGGGCAAUGA